GGAACCGGUUUGUAAUUUAGUCCUUAAUAAGAUACCAUCAGUUGUCGCAAUUCGGCAAAUAGUUAUCCAGCAUACACGACAGCUUGAACUCCCCAAUUACUCGUCUACUACAAUAAAAUCCACGCCCUUGCCCUUCCCGGAAACCUUCUUCAGAUCACCGGCGACAAUGACGACGUACGGCACGAUUCCGACGUCAUCAGGCGGAGGUUCAAAUCUCGAAUACCUCUCUCGAGCUAAAGCACGCAUAAAAUCUGGAUUAGGCACGCGGCGUUCCUGGAAAGAGAUGUUCAAUUUCCGUUCGGUUGACCUUCCUCACGGCGUCUCCGAUGCGUUUUCACGAAUCAAAACAAACAUAGGUUACUUCCGUAUGAACUAUGCGAUACUCGUGCUGGUGAUUUUGUUCCUUAGCCUGUUAUGGCAUCCGGUUUCGUUGAUUGUAUUCGUGGUGAUGAUGGCUGCCUGGUUGUUCCUUUACUUCCUCCGUGACGAGCCUCUGGUGAUUUUCCACCGUACAAUUGACGACGGCGUGGUCCUUGUGGUGUUAUCGGUUGCGACGAUAGGUUUGCUGUUGUUGACCGGCGCAACGAUGAAUAUACUUUCAUCGAUUCUUAUCGGAUUGGCUGUUGUGGUGAUUCACGCUGUUUUCAGGAACACUAAUGAUUUGUCCUUAGACGACGAGGCAGGUGGCUAUUUGGCAUCUUCUUCGUCUUAGGCUUUUCUGUUUUGUUUUUAUCUGCUGACUUCUGGUGCCUACCAAUGAUUUCUUUGUCCACCAACUCCAACUGCUAUUCAUUACUAUGCAAUCCAUAUUGUUCCUACUCUUGACAACUCAUUUUUGUUUUACUAGUCUUUUAAUGGCUCAUGAACACUACUGCAAAAUUGUAUUGCAAUUCGUUUAAAAGAUAUGGUUGGUAUUAUGUGUAUUUGUAUAGUGGUUUGUUGUCCACUUUUGUAAGUUUUUUUUAAUAUAAUAAUGUUUUAUGAUUUAAAAUGUAUUUAACUAUAAAAAAGUUGCUAGGUUUUAUAUUGUGAUUUCAACUUUGAGGAAAAUUGCACUACUUUUAUUAGAAUUUAGGGGCUGUGUUUGUAAAUAAAGCUUGAUAUAUGAUAGGUAUGAUAUAUCAUCCCAAGUGUUGCAGUUAAUACGGAGCUAUUGAAUGGAAGCUGAUGGCAACAAGUCAAAUGCAAAAGUGAGUUACUCGCCACAUGAACAAUUGAACAUGAUGGUCGUCAUCAGGAAAAUAACUACUCAAGUGAUGGUUGGACCCGACAAUUUUGAUUUAUUUAUAUGAAAAGGUGAUAACUGCUCGAUUGGACAAAAACAUCCUUGUCUAGAUUCCUUUAGAGAAUCACAAAAAUUGCCAAAAAUUAGGAUAAGCUUUUAACUUAUGGCCACAUUUGCUGAAAUUCCUUCAAAAUGAUCAUCUAUUUUCACGAUAUGCAACAAUUUUAUCCUAUACAAAACCUUAACCCUAAUUCUAUUCACCAACUUCUCGCCUCUUCCAUAAUAAUAAUAAUGUUGAAGCAAACUAUGGAUCCAAAAACUGGAAUAAUCAGAUAUUUCAUCUUUGGAUUCAUCAAACACAGUCAAGAAGCAAGAGUUCAAAGAGAUUAACGAAGACUAUCUUCUUUCCAAGUCUUAUGUUGCACUGAUUUGAUUUCGUCAGAGUAUAGUUGGGACAUCCUAACUUCGUGUAAUGUAGUGUUUUCUAAAGUCUUUAGAGAGUUGGAUCAAAGAAUUUCUGAAAGAAAAGAAUCCCCAAGAGUUCAAUCGGCUUAUAGACUUUCAUAUUCACCACUCUAAAAGGAAAAACAAAAUCGUUAAAAAAACGAAGCUUUAAACAUGCCGACUUCUAUCUAUGCAACAUACAGAAGAAUAGGAAAGAAGUCACUCAUGCGGACUUCAAAGACAUGAACCCCGAAGACUUGAAUGUAAUUGCCAGAAAGUUCAAUGUCAAAGCUGAAAAAUACUCCCAACUUCAAAGUUCAAACUACCAUAUAUUCCACUCUUAUAGUUUUUGGAAUCAUUGCUUUUUGACUUCACUUUCAUUGAUGGUGAACUUUGCCAAGUGUGUGAUCGAUGAUAUUAUAAGAUCGAAGUAUGCCACUCCUCGUUGAAAGAGUUAAUGAUUGAAAGAAUCACUUGGUAGUUUGGAGUUAGGAAAUUUUGGAGAUCACUUAUAAAGUUUCUUAGAAGAUGCUGAGAAGGUCUUCGCUAAGGUCACUUGGGGGAGAAUGUUGGAACAAGUUUUCAAGUGACCCCAUAACUUAUUUUGUGAUUGGUGAAGUAUGCAUGACUGGAGAAGAGAUGGUGUCUUGGCGUGUUAGCAAAGGUUGGAGAAAUGGAGAG